AUGAGAAACCUAAAGAAAAAAAAAAUAAAGAAAUUAUGUGCACAUGGGAAUUUCAAAAAUUAUUAUUAUGAAAGAUAUAUAAAAAGAAAAAAACAAAAUGUGAUAUAUGUAAAGAAUAAUGAAGAGGAUGCUAUUGAAGAGGUACUUAUAUGUAAUAAUUUUUUGGAUAAUAAAUUAUGUGAUGAAGAACAAAAAAGUGAUAAUGAUAAGUAUGAUUAUCAGAAUAUAUAUUACAUAUUUGAUCACAGAUUAAAUCAUAUUAAUAAAGUUCAUAAGGAUAUUUUUAAAGAAAAAGUAAUUUUAGAUAUUGGAUGUAAUAGUGGUAUUGUUUGUUUUAUACUAAGUUUGAUUUUUGAAUGUAAUGUAGUAAAUGGUAUAGAUAUAGAUAAUAAUAUAAUAAAUAACAAUAUAAAUUUAUUAAGAUUAUUUAUUGAAUUUAUAUUUAUAUAUAAUAGUCAGAGUCAUAUGUUAGAAUUAUUUUUGAGUAAUAAAGAUAUGUCAAAAAUAGAAAUGAGCAUGUUUAAAAAUAUUUAUUCCUUAUAUGAAAAAUUAAAAGGUUCUAAAAAUUAUGAUAAUAAAAUGAAUAAUAUAUAUAACAAAAAUGGGUUAGCUCAUAUAAAUGCUCUUAACACUAAUAAUAAUAAUAAUAAUAAUAAUAAUAAUAAUAAUAAUAAUAACAAUAAUAAUAACAAUAAUAAUAAUAAUAAUAAUAAUUUCAGAUAUUUUCCUCUCAAUAUAUAUUUUUUAUGUAGCGAUAUUUUUAAUAAUAAAUUUAAAAAUGUUAAUAACACAUACGAUAUUAUACUAGCGUUCUCUGUUAUUAAAUGGAUACAUUUAAAUAAUGGUGAUGAACAUUUAAUUUUAUUUUUUGAUCGUGUAUAUUUUAUGUUAAGGAAAAAUGGAUAUUUCAUAUUAGAAUAUAAUAAAGAGAAGAAAUAUAAAUUAAGAAAAAUUCAAAAGAAAUAUUAUAAAAAAAAUAUAUCCUUAAAUUAUACACAUUUUGAUGAUAUAGCACAAGGGAAGUACAACAAUAAUUCUAGAAUGGUUCUUGUAAACAAGUUUUUCUUUUUUACUAAUAAGGGUGACGAAAGAAGUAAGAACAAAAAUAAAUUAGGAAUGUUCAACAGGGAAAUAUGUAUAUAUCAAAAGGUAUAA